AUGACCAAUCAUUACUCGGUCAGUGGCUGUCAAUUUGUAGAUGAGCCUCUGUUUGUCACCUCUGACGGCUCCAUCGUUCUCAAUUUCACCAAUACUACUGUUCCUCUCAGCCAUCGCUUGAAUACACGUGAUACCCCUCAAUUUUCCAUUGUGGCUAAGCCUAUGUCCCUCGCUACUUCAAGAGGCGGUCCUUGGCUGAUAUACUACGGGACUAUUGACCUCUCACAAAACUCAGAUGUCCUGCAAAUCAGGGCUCGUGUUUCUUAUUGGCAAGGCGUCCUACCUUUAUGCGACGUGACCAAGGACCGAAAAUUAGUGGUAAACUUAAAUUCAGCUCUAUUCAACAUCAACUCCGCACAAUUCCACCAUAUCCGCAAAGAGCACCUCCAAGCAUCCAUUCAGUCCGAGUCUCAGCCUCCUCAAUCACCGACACCCUGCAUGAAGUCUUUCAUCUUCACCGCUGCGCUUUGUGGGGCUGCUUUUGCUUCAAUUGUUGGCGCGAUGAAUGUCAUCAUCGAGGGAAAAGAAGUGAAGCCCACGAUCCCACAAGAAGGUGUUACCACAGUCAACACCGAGAUUUUCGAGUGCAAAUACUGCGAAGGAGCUGGUUGUCGAAGGUGCCAGCCAGAAACUUGUGAUGUUUAG